AUGGCAACCCAGUCUCGUGUCGGCAACGCGGUCCUCUCUGGCUUCGGUCUCUACGAGGAGGAAGAUAACGGCGCCACUGCCGAAGCUCAAGCGACUGGACGAGUCAAGACGACGUCGAAUCCGAACUUGAAGCUCCGCCAGCGACACGGUCCUUCCUGGCCUCGACUUGAUGAGAAUGCGAAGAGGAGCUCGACCCAGAUGCUCGGCUGGGGCCACCCUGUAGCUUGGCGAUGGGGCGACGGCACACUGGCGUUCUGUGGUGCUUACUGCGGGAAGAGUGCAAUGCAGUAUUUUGUCGCUGGACUUGUCGCAGCAGAUGCAGUGAUCAUGGCAGCUGUGGAUGGUGCGGGUACGGAGGAGUUUGGGAACGGGAAAGGUUGA